AUGCGGCUCCUCGCGGUGCAGGCCCUGGUGGCCCUGUGUGUCCUGCACCUGCCGCUCAGCAGCACCCAGGACUGCCUGAGCCAGCGCCCGGUGCUGAGCGCCAUUCAGCAGCUGCAGAAGCUGCUGUCCGCGCAGGAGGCCGCCCAGCUGCAGGGGAUGCGUAGCCUCAAGAAGCAGCUCACGGUCCUGCAAAGCAACGUCCACGCGCAGGCCACCGGCCACAACGACAGCUGCCCCCCCCUGACGGCGCCCCUCAAUGGCAGGAAGCUGGGUAAGAAGGCGACGGUGGGGCACGAGGUGCAUUUCCUGUGCGAGGCCGGCUUCCGGCUGGUGGGCUCCGAGUCGCGCACCUGCCUGCAGGACCAGACGUGGAGCGGCCAGCAGCCCGUCUGCCGGAGUAUCCGCCACUGCGCCAGCAACCCUUGUGCCAACGGCGGGACCUGCAUGGAGGACGUGCAGCAGUUCACCUGCUUGUGCCCCAGCAGCUGGUCAGGCAGUAACUGCCAGACCCCCGUCUAUUCCUACUGGGUGACGCUGAGCAACUCGUCCUUCAGCCGCCAGCCCCGCUGCGCAGACACCCGCCUGGGCUCGCGCCGCUGCGCCUGUGACACCGGCUUCCAGCUGCGGGACGGCGGCGUGUGCCAAGAUGUUGACGAGUGCCAGCUCUCCCAGGCCAGCUGGCAGAGCCGCCUCUGCGCGCACGACUGUGUGAACCUGCCCGGCUCCUACCGCUGUGUCUGCCCCCGGGGCUACCUGCGCCCCGCAGACCAGAACAUGUGCACCGAUGUGGACGAAUGCACCGACAAUCAGCACAACUGCAGCCAUGGCGAGCUCUGUGUCAACGUCUUCGGAGGCUACCGGUGUGUGCGCCCCGAGUGCCCCAAGCCCAGGCUCAAUACCAGCUACGUCAAGACCUCCGUCUAUCAAUGUGAGCGCAAUCUAUGCCCCGUGAACAGCAGAGCCUGCCGCCUGGCCGCCAACUCCAUCUCCUUCCACUACCUGCCGCUCCAAUCCAACCGCACCGUGCCCAGGGUGCUCUUCAAGAUGUCCACCACCCACCUGGUGGGCGAGAGCCUGCGCUUCGCCAUCACGGGUGGCAGGGGCCAGGGCGUCUUCGCUGUGCGGCGCUCCGACCGGCACGCCGGCGAGCUGAUCCUCACCAGCCCGGUGGCAGGGCCGGCCACCUUGGAGGUGGAGCUGGAAAUGAGCAAACUCGCCAGGAAGGUUCUUCUUGGGAAGCACAUCUUCAGGGUCACGGUCUUCAUCUCCCGAUAUGAGUUCUGA